AUGAUGAUCGCCACUUUGCCGAAAGCUUUCUUGCUGGUCUUUUUGCCAUUACCAUGUCAGUAUGAUAGCGGCUUGAGCUCAUGGAGCACACAUUUAAAAGGGGUGAACCGCGUUUCUGCAAUGUCCCAACUGAGAAAUGGUCGACUACUGUUAGCUGAAAUUGACACCGAACUUGAAUCAGUAAGUGACGCGGAAUCGACCUUCACGAAAAAUACAAAGGGAAAUUCGGAAGAUCAAAGUGAUGUUGAAACUGUGUAUGAAGAGUCCCUGUCAAAUGAUGUGAAGGAAAAAACCCCAUUAAAGAGCGGAUCCAAUUUAAGCUACUCUGAAGACAAUAAAAAAUUAGAAGAAAUUGAAAAAAAAGCAAUAUCAAAAUAUCAAGAUUAUAAAAAAAAAGCGAAAGACAUUGAGGAACAGCUUAAUAUUAUGAAGCAAAAAAUUAUGAAUAGCAAAAUGAUUAAUGUGGCAGAUCAUACAAAGAAGAUUGGAGAAACUGUCGAAAAGAUUAAAUCAAUGAAAGACAAAGUAUUGAGUGAGGGAAUGACCAAUGUGGUGGAAUAUCAAAAGAGGUUAGAUGAAGCACUUGAAAAAAUUAAUGUGAUGAAAGAAAAAUUGAAGAAGCAAAAUAUUAUGAACGCAGAAGUACUUAAAAUGAUGAAUCAUCAAAAGGCCUUAAAAGAAGUUAAAGAUUUUAUCAAAACAAAGUAUGACGUUGUUGUACCCUCCGCCUUAGACAGCAUGAAACGUAUUAAGGAAAAGAAAAUAAAAAUACCUAACCCUGUCGGAAUUCUGGAUUCUAAAAUAGAAAAAAAAUUAUUUGAAACGUGCAGCUACAUGGAUGAACGUGAACACGAUCCAAAUAUUAGCAAAAAACAAUUUUGGAUUCUGAAAAUUAAGAAAUAUGGUGCCAUAUUCGCCAUACCCCUUUUAGUCUUAUUACCCGGACUGGGUGUAUACGGGAUUGAAGAGGAUAGUUUGCGUUGUGUGCUUUUUGGAUUUGCCGCCGUGUGUUAUUUAAUGUUUUUUUACAUCCUUGUAAAGGUAUUGAAAUAUGACCUGAAAUCCCACGGUGUAAAAAAGCCUCGUUUCAAGGAUUACGUGGAAAGCUUUAAAAGAUGUAUAAAAGGAAUUGCUCCUUGA